GUGUAGGAUGUACCGCUGCCGCUGUGCUGGGAUAAAUUAAACAAAGAAAGUCCUCUUUUGUUACAGAAUGAAAACUGUUACUUAGAAAAUUGAUUGGAUUUGGUGGCUGCAGCGAGUCCGCAUGUCUAACCGAGGUAACGGAGACAUUCAGCUAGCUGGCUAGGCUAACAGAAACAGAACACUAUCAGCGCUAAUGCUAAUAGUUAUAUUAGGCUAAAAUAAGCUAACUUAGCUAGCUGGUAACGUAGCUAGCUGUCUCGCCGAUUGCAGGACUUCUGCUCUUCCAGGUCCUCACCCCGUUCAGCGGUUCCUGUCCCGGUCUCGCUUUUUUAGUGUUUUCGUUUCACGGAGGAGGUUGCGGAACCGGAGCUGUGGCGGGGGGACGCGUGGACAACAACCCCCUGGCUAUCCAGGCGGACGGACCACAGUGACACGCCGGCCGUCGGAGAGAUCAGAGUGGAACCAUGGCCGAGCUCUCCACCUUAUCUCCUUCACCACCUGCACUGAGUGAUCAUGCAGCUCCCUCCAUCCCUCCAUCCUCAGCAGCCCUCCCUGCUCCCAGUAGCCCUGUUCCAGAGUCUGUACCAAAGUCUGCCCUCUACAAUGACAAAGCUUUGAUUGGAAACACUUCUAUGGCUCAGUCAGGGGUUUCACCUGUGACUCCCCACCCACCCUUGAGUCUUCCCAAAAUCACUGCUGAGACCCCUCUCCCACCAUUGGUACCUGAAGCUACUCCAGAGAGACAGGAAUCAACAGGAAAAGAUGUAGAAACUGGAGCUCAUGUUAUUAAGCAGGUGACAACACCCAGUGACCCAGCAACUGCAGAGCUCCCGAAUACUCAAACAAAGAUCCCAGCACUAACAAGUGAGCCACCAGCUCAGAGUGAAGUGCAGCAGUCAUCCCCCUCUCCUGAUCUCAAUCCUGGUCCUAAUCUCUACCCCAAUGUACAUGUCACACACAACCCAAAUCCUGUCAUGGCUGGUGGUCCGUUUACAGCAGACCAACCCCAAACCACUGCAGGUUCCAGUCCCGCGCCUGCUCCCCCAGCAUCCACUGAAAUGGCAGCAUCAGCCGAAGAGGAGAAACCUCAGCCACUUCAACAAGCACAAAGCCCUCAGAGUCAGCCUCCGCCUCUGUCCCCGAAGGCUGACGCUCCUAACGAAGCAGGGAAAGCAGAGCUGCCCAGCACCCCGACGCGAGCUGAGCACCCCAGCCCUACUGUCCCACUGAUCCAUGAGCCAACCUGUGCCCUCCCGCUGCACACCCCAAACACCCGUCCGGCCCCUGAUACCCUCAGCUACCUGGAGUCAGCUAGCCUUAUGUCUGGGACGCUUGAGUCUCUGUCUGGGCUGGGAGAGGACGGGAGCUCUGUGGGCUCAGACUCAGAGAUCAAUGGCUUGACUGUCAGACGCACUGAUAAAUAUGGCUUCCUAGGCGGGAGUCAGUACAGUGAAAGCGGUGAAAAGGAAGUUCGAGUUGAAGUUGCCAGACAGAGGGAGAUUAAAUGGAUUGAUAUGUUCAACAACUGGGAUAAGUGGAUCAAACAUCGCUUCCAGAAGGUAAAGUUGCGCUGCAGGAAGGGCAUUCCAUCUUCUCUCAGAGCCAAAGCCUGGCAGCUGCUAUCCAACAGCCAAGAGCUCCUAGAAGCCAACAAAGGGAAAUUUGAGGAGCUGGAGAGAGAGCAGGGAGAGGCUAAAUGGUUGGACAUUAUAGAGAAGGAUCUCCACAGACAGUUCCCCUUCCAUGAGAUGUUUGCAGCUCGUGGUGGCCAUGGGCAGCAGGAUUUGUACCGGAUCCUGAAGGCCUACACCAUCUACCGGCCCGAUGAGGGAUACUGCCAGGCCCAGGCUCCCGUGGCCGCUGUGCUGCUCAUGCAUAUGCCUGCUGAGCAAGCUUUUUGGUGCCUCGUCCAGAUUUGUGAGAAGUACCUUCCUGGCUACUACAGCGCUGGGCUGGAAGCGAUCCAGCUGGAUGGCGAGAUCUUCUUCUCCCUGUUACGGCGCACGUGUCCAAUGGCGUACCGUCACCUUAAGAAGUUCAAGAUUGACCCCAUUCUCUACAUGACUGAGUGGUUCAUGUGCAUCUUUUCACGCACCUUACCGUGGGCCUGUGUGCUGCGUGUGUGGGACAUGUUCUUUUGUGAAGGAGUGAAAAUAGUGUUUCGUGUGGGCCUGGUGCUACUGAAACAAAUGCUUGGCUCUGUGGAUAAACUUCGAGAACUACAGGGCAUGUAUGAAACCAUGGAGCGUCUGAGAAAUAUUUCACCCGACACGAUCAGAGAGGACAUAAUGGUACAAGAGAUUAUUAUGCUUCCAGUGACAGAGGCGCUUAUAGAGAGGGAGUGCAGCGUCCAGGUGAGGAAGUGGAGGGAGUCCAGAGGGGAGCUGACACACCAGCCGGGCCGACGGCUCCACGGUACGAGAGCCAUCUUUGAGCACAAACGACGUGCUGCCGCUAUCAGCUCCGGUGGCAGCUUCUCUUUCCUGGGAAGCUCGGCCCCUGCACCAGGGCCACUCAGGGCCUCGUCCAGCCUCCUUUCACUCCCUGGCUUCCGCAAGUCUAAGGUUCCUUUCCACACCCAAACCAAGAAGGGCUCCUUCUCAGGGCCGUCAGGAAUGGAGGGCCUGCUGCCGCAGUCGGCACCUGCGGUAACAUCAAGCCCGGGCCGAGGCCCCAGCCAUAAACCUCCCAUUCCCCCAGGGGCAGGUCAGAAGGCGUCAGCACCUCACGUUCAGAGCCCCUUAGUCGGGAGUGCGGCUGGCUCUUCACGCGGGCCCUCAGAAGGCACCUCAGCACAGGGCCCGCCUGAAGCUUCAGUCCCAGCACAAAGUGCACCACCACCACCACCACCCAGCACUCUGGCCCCCUCCCCUAAGAUCGUCUCUGAGCAAAUCACUCCUACUAUCCCUUCUCCGACCGCGAACAACGCCCCUCUACCGCCAUGUCCAGAUUCGAAAAAAGAAGCGGUGUCAGCAGCUGGUGCCACAACUGGAGAAGAAGAAGGAAAGAAGAAGAAGAAAAGCAAAGAAGGUAAGAAGAAGGAAAAGGAAGAUGAGAAGAAAAAACUGAAGGAAAAGAAGGAAAAGGAAAAGGCUGAAAAGGAGAGGCUGAAGAAGGAGAAAGAGAGGCUAGAAAAAGAAAGGAAGAAAGGGGGGAAGAAAAAGGACAAAGGGGGAGGAGAGGCUGAGGACAAAAAUGGAGCUGCAGCAGCGACAGAUUCGGCCUAGUUUUCCACCCCAUCAUUCCAGGAUAAUGAAAAGGGACGAUGAACAAAAAAAAAGAGGUCAGGGGAACAAAAGACCCCCAGAAACAGAAAGAGUGAUUAAUAAAAGAAAUGGGAUGGCUUCCUGUGUAAUGCAUCAUUUCGACUUAAUGUCGUCCCGGGACUGUGAUGGAGAAAACUGGAUUAUGGUUUUAAUAGCACCUCGGGGAGCUUUUUGCCCCUCGCUCAAUGCUUUCUUUUUUCACCGUGUUUUAUUAAGAUGGGACAUAUUUCCUUUUUCAACUGGAGCACAGGCUGUGAAACUGAAACGUUUUCAGAACAUCACAGUCAUUAUCUCUUUUAGUUUUUUUAAAUUCUUUUUUUUUUUGUUGUUGUUGUUCAUUCUCAUUAUUUUAAUCAGAUUGAUGGCAGUGGUUAGAGAAACAUCGACUCAAGGGAUUGUUGAGCUGGACGUUUGCAGAAAUAGUUACGGUGCCAUAGAGUAUGUAAAUAAAGAAAUCUACCUACAGUAUAUAGGAUGUUGUUAGCACUCCAUACGCCCAUCAGCUCUUAUCUGUGGAUGGAUCUGGGUAACUGGGGUAAAAAAAAAAAACAAAAAAAAAAAAACAAAUCUUGGAAGUCAUCUCAAAUGCAGGCACUGAAGACAGAAAUGCUAGUAAUGUUGUUGAGGAUGUAUUUAUUGUCAUGUUAAAUGUUGUGAGUGAGUGUGUGCCUUAGUAGUAUAGUGAAAUGUGUUACUGUUCUCUGUGCGGCCUCCCUAAUUUCAGUCUCCCUCUGCCUGCUUUUUUUCUCUGGAGUCAGACCGUCACUGAAUCCUUUCUGUGGUUCUUCCCAAACCUUUAUUUGCUCCUGUCAUUGGAAAAAAAUCUGACUGCUGACACAGGCGAAAAAAAGGGAGAGAAAUAAGAAAACACCCAGACACCAUGUAGUGGUAGCUAUUUUUAUUUAUGUGCGUGUUUUUUUUUUUUUUUUUUUGGUCACUGAGAAAACGCACAGGGAGAUUUAUUAUUUUUAUUUCAAGCCCCAAUUUAAAUUUCUUGUGUCUGAGGUUGGUUUUUUUUUUUUUUUACAAAAAGCAGGCGCAAAAUUAUCAAUAUGGUGGUCGUGUGAAAACACGCAUUACCCAUCAGUGACCGUACGCAAGUCCUGCAGACCAAACGUCCAGCUGUAAAAUUAGUAUUAUUUCUACUUUCAACGAACAAAAUCGUAUAUAUGCAUUUAUUUAGCCAAAUUUCAGUGUGGGUAAGAACUCGGGUUCAUUAACCCGUUAGAAUGUGAUUUCAAGUAUCUUUAAGAGUAUGAAGGAUGAUUUUUGCACUUGUGAUUUUGUCACAAAGCACCACUGAAAUCGCCCACUCCGUUAGCGUAGUGACUUAGAGCACGAGAGUCUCAACAGGCCGGUUUCACAGUUUGAAAUCCGGGCCUAUAGGAAGCCACUUGACUGGAGGUGCCAGGUGUGCCAAUGUAGCAUUAACCUCUGAUCUUUGACCUUUGGGCUCUGAUGUAUUUAUGUAUAAAGUGGUUAAUUUAAUCAAAUAUAGUAUAUUAUGAAUUAUUAUUAUUAUUAUUAUUUUGGAUCUGAGUAUUUUUCUAUGUGAGUAAGAGACACCUGGCUGACUGGAACGAUGGCAGACUACGCAGUGUAGUUGCAGGGGGAUCAUUUAAAGUGUUUUUAUUUUUAAUUUCUUCUUUUUUUUUUUUGUUGCACGUUAUGUCCUCUGCUUUCACACAACAAACUCGAUGCAUGUCUUUUGCUAUUGAUUAAGUUUACUGUCAUUGUUGGUUUCACGAGUCUCCGCUUUACUGAAGUGCAGUGUUAUAGAGAACUGAGUGGGAAAUGGGCCUCCAGCCGAACAAACAGUGAGACGAGUGAUACACACAGAACAUUUGGGAGUUGAAGGUCUUAAUCAUACUGUGUAAUAUACUAAGAGCUGAUUUUUGAGCUUUGAAUAGUUCUUUAAAUCUUAAGUACGUCUGUCUCACCAAGUUGUGUUGUAACAUUCAUAAUGACUUAUGGACUAACUCCCUAACCUAUUUACACUCAAUGUCCUGUACUGUAACAUAUUUAUGCAUACAUUAAACGGCACUGAACCCCAUCAGUAUAUGAUGUACAGUGCCAGGUAGUUAGUGUAAAACCAUUUGAUGGCAAAAAAAAACAAAACAUCGAUGCUCUUUAACUGUACUGUUUUUGUAGUUAAGGAUUAGAGGGACUUUCGUGUAAGUGUAGCCAACAUGUCCUCCAUAUUCACUGUUUUUCACUUGUUUCAGGUCUUUACUGUCAUUUGAAUAUGUGAAGAUCACACGCUCACUCCCUUCUCCGUUUUGACGCCAGUGCAUUUACGGGCACAGAACAUUGUAGUGUUAGCGAGGAUAACCUGAACGCAUCUAUGCAAACCUUCCUCCAUCAUGACUGUUGAAAGUGUGUGGUGACAGCAGCACUGAUUUCACCGCUGAUUGUGAUGAUCAGAUGGGUGCCAUGGAAAAAUGAAUUUUGUGCUUCAGUAGGUGUUUUUUUUUUUUCUUCUUUUUUUUUCGGAGCACACUUUCAGGCCUGUGGGCUAAUGUGUUUUAUGAGCAAUACGUCCUCGCAGCUCACGUCUUGAUAAUAACAUCAUCUCUCUUUGUUCAGAGGGCUCGAGAUGUCGUGGUGAUCAAAUUAAUCUUGUGAUUUCCUCCCGUGGAAUCGACCCUUAACUCUGCAAUACUGAGGACGAAUCAAGGAAUCCGUUUAAAUCAGGUCCUUCGUGUAUUUCUGCGGUGAUUCUGAAACCGUCGUUCGUGAUUACGUGUGAUUGGGAACGACCCUCGCGAUGCAAACAUUGAAAGAAGCAUUUCAGCUGUUUUUCCUCCCCAUGCCGUUACGUCUGUUGUGUUUUUAAGUUUACAUGUCACUCUCUCUCUGGCGAAAGUGAAAUAAAAUCAUAGCUAAUUGAAUUCAUUCCUUCAGAUAUACGACUGAUGUAUUUAAUUGAUGAGGAUAAUGACAUUUGUGACGAGUAAUAAACCAUAAUAUAUUAAAUCAUCGUGGUGAUUUAUGAUUUUUUUCGUCUUUCUUGAUGUGGAGGAUGUUUGCACAUGACUGUCCUGAUAAAUUAAUAUGUUACUGUUGAUCAUGAGACCGCUGACUAUG